GUUCACUUGCCUAAAGCUAAGCGACUCGAAUUUAAAGCAACCCUACAAUACUAAACAUAUGUGAUCAUGCGGAUAUUGAACCAUGAUUUGAACCUCAUUUGAAAAUUCGGAAAAUAGAUAUAUCCGUAGGAUGUACUUCAUUUUUGGUAAUGCGUGAACCUCUCCAUAGAUCUGGGUACCACAAUGUUAAAAAAAAUAUUAAUCCAAUGCGGGAUAAAAUAACAAGUAGUAAUGGAAAGGAAAAUUGAAAGUCUAAUGUCAUCACAUGGUAUUGCCUUUUAGUGACAUGCACACAAAGGGCCACAUUGUUAGCUCAAUAUGAAACACUUCUCAUAAAUCCAACUUCAAUUUCUACACCAGCUUUGGGAACACACAGUUCUUUUCAUCUCUUUCUCCAUUUUAAAAUACGAACGCUCCUCCAUUAUUCAACAUAAUUAUAUUAAAUACAAUGGUUUAUUAAUAUUUUACUAGUUUUCUAAAAUUUUGUUAACAAAUGAAUACAUAUGAUAUUUUUCUUAUUAAGUAAAUACAGCGAUAUUUAGACUUGGAUACGUCUCUCCAUGAAAAUUCUGUAAAUAAGUUUACAUUUUUUUGUUACAGUUUUCUGUCAAUGAUAAACAUGCAUGCUACAAAGUUUUACAGUAACUUGUGAUAUUUUUUUAUGUGAAAGGGUAUAUCCCAAAAUAGUCACUUAUAUUUUUUUGUUAAAUAAAUAUGUCACCACUAAUACCAUUACAUUGGAAAAAAUGUUGUAUUGUAAAUCUAAACAAAUUAUAUUAUUCAUCUUGACUUUUUUGGUCAUGUAUUAUUUAUCUUGACUAAUAGAACAAAACCACUGGAUGAUAUUGCAUAACGUUAACAAAAAUAGAAAAGAAAUUACAUAUCCAUUUCACACUGAUUAAUGUCAUAUAUUCAUUUCGCAUUUACCCUCUAGGUAUAUUUAUAUAGAUGAUAUAUAAAAAUAUAUUUAAUUUAAAUGAUUUUGGCAAGAGGUUAUCAAGUCUCUUUUUCUCUCCCAUUGCAUCAUUGUCUAGGUUUAUUACUCUAUCCCUCUCCUGUGGUCCUUCACGUCUUUAAAUUCCUCUUAUCACUUUCUCAAUUUCUUUAUAUCUCUAUAGUCUAUACCCCGAAACACUUUCUUACACUUCCUUCUUUCUUCUCUUCUGAUUGCUUUCCUCUUUCUUCUUUCACUUCUGCAAAACAAUACAAGGCUUGUGGGAUACAUAAAAACCUCUAGUUCUACUAGAUAUAUAGCUUCAUUCCUUUUCAUCCCUUAUUAAUACCACCUUUAUUUUUCUAUAUCCAUCUCCAUCUCUUAUCUAUUGUUCAAUCAAGAGACAGAGAGAAAGCACACGACUUAAGGGCUAUUUUCUUGAACUAUUGUAGAGUUACAGCUAACUAAUAAGUAAAAACCGACAAGAAAAUGUCUAACAGGAGAUCAAGACAAUCUUCAAGUGCUCUGAGGAUCUCCGAUGACCAGAUGAUCGACCUUGUUAGUAAGCUUUGUCAACUUUUGCCCGAGAUUCGUGAACGGCGCCGUUCUGAUAAGGUGUCAGCAUCAAAGGUACUUCAUGAGACAUGCAACUAUAUAAGAAAGCUGCAUCGAGAAGUUGACAAUCUCAGUGACCGUUUGUCGCAGCUCCUGGACGCCGUUGAUGAAGAUAGCCAUGAAGCUUCCGUCAUUAGAAGCUUGCUCAUGUAACCUUCCAAUAUAUGUACUUAUUAUAAUUUUUCCAAUAUAUAUUUAUUAUAUCUGUAUUCGUGAUUGUCCUUAAUAUAUUUAUUAUAAACUUCUGAA